AUGGCUCGAUUCUGGGGCCUAAGAGGCUCAAAGCUUCACAUGGCUAUCUGGAUGGAAGCCUGCUUCGGGGUCAUGAUUUUUGGUUAUAAUCAAUCAUCUGCUGGCGGAGUUCUCUCGGACGCUACAUUCAAUCUUCAGUUUCCACGCAUGGAUACAUUGUCCACGACUGGAAGUCUACAAAGAUACAAUUCUAGGAUUCAAGGAACUGUUGUCGCACUGUACACUUUGUUUGGGGUAUUUGGAGCUUUGGGCUGCACAUUUCUCGGGGAUAUCUUAGGUCGCCGAAAAACCAUAUUCGUUGCUAGUGUGGUGCAAGCUGUUGGCGCCAUUCUUCAAUGUUCGUCUUUCGCUUUCGCCCAGUUUAUUGUUGGACGAAUCUUGCUUGGCCUCGGAACAGGAGGUAUUAUCGCCACAGUCUCCGUAUGGCAAUCGGAAGUCUCAAAAGCGGAAUGUCGUGGUGAACAUGUCUCUGCCUUCGGAAUAUUUUGUGGAUCUGGCAUUGCCUUAGCGUUGUGGAUUGCCUUUGGCAUGUCAUAUACACAGCCGAGCUCUGUCUCUUGGCGCUUCACUCUGGCCUUCACCAUCUUUCUUUCAUUUCUUGUCUGCAUCUCAAUCUUCUCGCUACCCGAGAGCCCUCGCUGGCUAUGCAAGAUGGAUUGUUGGGAAGAUGCUCGGGAAAUUUUAGGACUUCUAUACGAUGAAGACCCACACGGCGAAACGGUAAACAAAGAAGUUGAGGACAUUAGACUUUCAUUGGAACGUGCAAGUAAAGGAUCUCUCGGAGCCAUGUUUAAAAUGGGACCCCAGAGAGCCUUUCAUCGAGUUGUUAUUGCUGCAGUCGCCCAGAUCUUUCUGCAAAUGAGUGGCGUUAACUCUAUCACUUACUAUGCUCCCACGAUCUACCAACAACAGCUUCAUUUUGCGCCAACAGAGUCAGGAAUUCUAGCCGCAUCAUCUCAGCUUGUCUUGGUUAUAGGCGCAGUAUGUUGCACCUGGACGGUUGAUCGCUUUGGGCGACGAAAACUUAUGAUGUUUAGCGCAUCCAGCAUGGCGAUAUGCUUCGCCUUUAUUGCAGGACUGACAUCGCAUCCUGGAAACCCCGCUGCUUUGAAAGGCGCAGUAUUUUUCCUCUAUCUGUAUUUUUUCGUUUAUGUCCUUGGAUUCUUGGGGAUCCCAUUUCUCUACGCAAGUGAGAUCGCGCCAACCCCCCUCCGAGCGGCGACCUGUGGAUUAUCUACUGCAGUAUCGUGGUUGUUUAACUUCCUCGUCGCAGAAGUCACUCCUGCUGCCUUUGAUGACAUUGGUUGGAAAUACUUCAUUGUCUAUUGCUGCCUCAAUGCUGCAUUUGUCCCAGUGAUUUAUUUCUUUUUUCCCGAGACGGCCCAGCGAUCGUUGGAGGAGAUUGAUGAAAUUUUUGAAGCCUCGACAAGUAUUUUUGAUACUGUCUCUGUUGCGCAGAAACUUCCCAAGAGACAUCUCUCUGACUUUUUGAGAGAGGAAAAAGGAGCUGAAGCUUCCCAUCUCGAGGCUUGA